AUGAAGAAGAUCAAGAUAAACGUUCGUCGUAUCAAAGAGCGCGCUUCGGCCACGCACGAGCGCAUCCAAGGAAAGUUCUCGGCCAUGCACGAGCGUAUCCGAGGAAGGGUUUCGGCCAAGCGCGAGUUGAACGAAGCGACCACCUCGGAGGUCCCAGCUUCGGAGGUCCCGCAUGAGUCUGACGCGCACGCAGCUCCGGAGGUCACAGAUCUGGAGAUCCCGAAUGAGGCAGACCAAGCCAUGGACGCAGCUUCGGGGUUCCCAGUUUCAGGGGUCCCGCAUGAGUCCGACCAAGCCGUGGAUGUGGUGCCAACAUCGAAGAGGAUUCCACACGCAUACUCCGAUACUCCACUCUAUUACAUCGCCCAUACUGCUGAUGAUGCCAUCAAGGAGAGGCUCUGGUUGCAGUUUGGCCAAAAGUGGGAAUCGUUCGAGAACAGGUUCCUCGCCGAUAUGGAAAAAUUCCCCCCGGCCGUGACGGAGGACAGACGCAGCCCAUGUCCAUUCGCUUGGCUGCCGCUGGAGGUUCGCGCCAAGAUUUGGAAGUACGCUUUCGACGACGGUAAGGAGGCCAUCUUCCUCACGAAGAAUGGGAUGGCUCCUAAAAUCCCGACUUGCAUGCGGUUUGUCUCGUUCAACUGGAUGUCAGAGGCGUGGUUUGCAUACGUCAACGCGAUUAGCAACCGAACUUUGGUGGUCAUGGAUUUCCCGAGUCACGCCUACCUUGAACAGCCUUGCCCAAUCUUCGGAGCUCUGGUGACAGUCCGACUUCGAGAGAUCAAAAUCGCGCUGGGUGACAACGACCCCGAGAAAGCCAAUAAGCGCACUUGGCAAUUCAUCAAGUUCAUUGUGAAGCUGAGAAAUCGGGGAUUCCUCACCGUUCGCACGUUGGUCAUCGAAUUGAGAAAGAACUGGGCAUCUAGCCACUUCAAUGAGCUGGAUCUCGCCGAGCUGUUGACAUGCGGCGUAUUCACUGAAAUCGAGCGCAUCCGUAUCCAUGGAACGAUCACAAAUGAGCGACUCGAGCGUUUUCUGGAGCGAGCCCGACAGAUUGCGCAAGCCUCGUUCUGA